AUGAAGAGAAACUUCACUGACAGUUCAACCCGUACUACAGCAGGCUGCCUACCUGUGCCACUCUUCAACCAGAAAAAGAGAACCAGACAACCACUUACUUCAAACCCACUUAAAAAUGAGCCAGGUACCAGCAACACAGCAGAUACUUUCGACCUUUCUACAAUGCUAGCAGAUUUUGGCUGGGAAACUGCAAAGCCAGAACCAACUCAGCUACAGAAAACAAGCAUGGAGAAGGCCCCCCACAGCAGCUCUGCAAGUCUCCGCCGUGAUCUGUGCCAUGGGGAGACUGCGCCGGUGGAGGAAGCUCUGCGGUUCUCAGGCGCCGACAGAACUGCCCUCGCCGCCAGCAAAGUGCCACCCUUUCAACUCAGACUGAAGGAAAAAGACAAUUCUCUCAGACUCCUGUCUGCUGUCAUUGAGAGUAUGAAGCACUGGAGUCAGUACACUAAUAAAGCACCACUGUUGUUUGAGGUAUUAGGUAUUCUGGAUUCUGCAGUCACCCCUGGACAAUAUGGUGCAAAGACUUUCCUUUUGCGAGAUGGGAAGGAGAGUGUCUCUUGUGUAUUCUAUGAGAUUGACCGGGAACUCCCACGAUUAAUCAGAGGUCGGGUCCACAGGUGUGUGGGAAAUUAUGACACAGGUCGGAAGCUCUUCAGGUGCGUCUCCGUAAGACCAGCCAGUGUUCCUGAACAACAAACCUUUCAAGAUUUUGUCAGAAUUGCAGAUGUUGAGAUGGGUGAAUAUGUGAAAGCAAGCAAUGAAGUUUAA